UACAUAAGUUGUACAUAAACCUAGAACUGUUUUUAUUUAAAGAGUCAACAAAAGUGAUAAGUGGAAAUCUGUGAUUGAUGGCCUUUGCAAAACAGAGUUUGGUUAAAUAGUGACUCGUCCCUCCUCCCCUGUUUCACUCCUUUUCCUAUAACUUGGAGGGAAAAAAAUGGUCUAUCCUUCGUCCUAAUACUCAUCCUCUGGGAUCACAGAGACACAAAGCUUUGUCUGUGUUUUCUUUUUCUUUUUUACAGUGAAGCUUGAAGUGUAGCUGCAAUGGAAAACCUUUUUCUGCAGGCCCCAAGUACCACCACUGUAUUGGGCACUGUGGGAGUCCUUCUUGUUUUGUAUAUAUUUUUUUCCAGCUCUGAUAACCAAAAAAAGGAGCCUCCAGGACCCAGACCGCUGCCUAUCAUUGGAAAUUUGCUGCAUCUGGCUCAAUCACGUCAUAUCAUGCUGUAUGAGCUCUCCAAGAAAUAUGGAUCUGUAUUCACUUUCAAUUUUGGGCCCCAAAAAAUGGUGGUGCUGGCAGGACACAAGACGAUCAAAGAGGCUCUGGUCAACAGUGAUGCAUUUUCAGAGAGAAGUACUAACCCAAUUAUCCAUGACCUGAAAUUAACACAUGGGAUCGUGUUUGCUAAUGGUGACUCUUGGAAAGAAAUGAGACGUUUUGCACUUACUAACAUGAGAGAUUUCGGCAUGGGCAGAAAAGUAUCUGAAGAGAUAAUUAUUGAAGAAAGUCGAUGCCUGAUUAACUGGAUCAAAGACAAAAAUGGUAAAGCCUUUGAUACAGCCCAGCCGCUAAACCAGGCUGCGAGCAAUAUCAUCUGCUCUAUUGUGUAUGGAAACAGAUUUGAAUAUGAUGACCCAGUGUUUGUGUCAAUGGUGGAUAGAGCUACCAAGAACACCAAACUCAUGGGCUCUGCUUCAGUACAGUUAUACAAUUAUUUUCCAAGGCUGUUCAGUUGGGUCAGAGCCCGAAAGCAACUGGUAAAGAGUGCGUUCACUAAUAGGAAACGCAUGACAGAGCUGAUCAAGAGUUUACAGGACACUCUCAAUCCACAGAUGUGCAGAGGAUUAAUAGAUUCCUUUCUAGUCCACAAGAUCCAGCUUGAGGCAUCUGGCAAUAUGAAAUCUCACUACUAUGAUGACAACCUACUGGUGACAGUGGUCAAUCUGUUUACUGCCGGCACAGACACUACUGCAACUACCAUAAGAUAUGGCUUACUGCUCAUGGCCAAGUACCCAAAAAUACAAGACCAGGUCCAGGAAGAGUUGAGCAGGGUUAUAGGAAGUUGUGUGGUUCAGGCACAGGACAGGAAGAACCUGCCAUACACUGAUGCUGUGAUCCAUGAAAUACAAAGAGUGGCCAUUGCUGUACCAAUAGUACAUCAUCGGACCACUCGUGAUGUCACCUUCCAGGGCUACUUCAUCAAGAAGGGUACUCCAGUGAUUCUUUUGCUCUCAUCUGCUCAUUGGGAUAAGGAUGAAUGGGAAACGCCUCACACUUUCAACCCAGCCCAUUUCCUUGAUAAGGAAGGACGUUUCAGAAAGAGAGACGCUUUUAUACCAUUUUCUGCAGGCCAAAGAGCUUGUACAGGGGAAAGUUUGGCACGCAUGGAGCUGUUUCUCUUCUUCACCUCACUUGUCCAACACUUUCGUUUCACUCCUCCUCUUGGGGUUAAAGAGGAUGACCUGGAUCUGACUCAUGUUGAGGGCUUCACCCUCACACCUGUACCUCAUGAACUCUGUGCUAUCAGCAGGGUCUGACAAACAUUAAAAGUGAAUAAUGUAUUCUUGUUUAAACAAUUUAUCUAACUGUCAUUCCAUUGCUAGUAACAAGAUAAAUUCCACCCCUUCAUAUUUUUUAGCUGCACAAUGUCAAUUUUCUGAUUACAUUGCUUUAUUUUUUAAGGUUCAUGUGUAAAAUGUAACAUAUAAGCACGGUAGCUAGUCACAGUGGAUAAUAUGUUUUAUUGUGUUAGCACAGAGCCAUUAAAGAAACAGUUCUAGCCAAGUCGUAAUGUUUCAAAAAUAACACGUACAAAAGAUACAACUGUUCAAAAUAAUGACAAACUGCCUUCACAAAACCUUACUUGUAUUUAGCAAUCAGUGCCUUGUUUUCAGUCACAU